GGGCAUGAUGAUUCGACUUGUCAGUAGAUGCGCCCGCGACGAACAAGAGGGAGAGACGUCUGUAAUACUCCAGCCAUAGUUUGAAUUCGCAUCAUUAUUAUAUUAGCUGCUGCAGGUCUUUCGCCGGCCCUUGCCUCGAUCGGUUUGAGUUCAUAGCCACAGUUUCAGAACACCACUUCGGCCGCUACAAGAUAUGAAUCAAUUGGGGACUUCGUCUCAAUGGGCUUCUUAUGACCUGCACCCAACCACCCCGAACUACAUUCUUAGCGAGAGUGAACUGACUGAAGAUGAAGCUGACAUUUUGUCAGAAGGAGAAGAGGAAUUGGGCACAUGCAAGGCUUUAUCAGGCUUUGAGGAAUGUUUCCGAGGUCGCUUGGAUAAGAUGUACUCGAGGUCUAAGAGAGCCCACCACACUGUACAUGUUAGUGGUAGAACCAGGUAUCACCUUUCUCCCGGUGCACCCGCAAGGGAAUCAUCACCUUCAGCAGGAGACAUCGCCUUCACUCAGAAGUGUACAGAUUUACGCAAAUUCAUCUGUCCACUGAUGGAGCUUCUUCACGGACUUAAAACUGGCAGAUUUGAUAAAGGUUUAACUGGUUUCCAGCAGAGCGUUGCCAUGGACAGAUUGCAGAGGAUUCUGGGAAUUCUGCAGAGGCCUGAAAUGGGGGAGCGAUAUCUCCACAACUUGUUGCAGAUAGAGGGCAUGCUCAAGUUGUGGUUCCCUCAGGUGGCACCUCAACCCGCGGUCACGUUAGCCCAAACCUUCACCCCCAGACUCAUAACUCACUGGCGGCAAAACCAGCUCAGCAUGCCCGUUAAGAAGCGGAAGUUUACCUGGUCAGAUUCAGACUAUUCUGGAAUAGACCCACCCAAGAAAACGAUUCGCCUACAUGAAAGCUGCCCGUCUGUGAUGCCAUGCACCUUUUCCACGGGUAUAUCUGGAACAACAAGGAAGCAGGGAGCUCCUGAGAAUGGAAGAACUGCGUCAACUGAAGUCAACUGGACCAACAGAUUUGCGUUGACUAACAACACCUUAAGCAGGCUGUCACGUGUACAUGUCAAAGAAGAAACACAGGAACAUGAAAUAUAACCCCCCCCCCCCCACACACACUUCUUCCUGCGGAUGCACAGUUACACAAGACAAAUCAAUAUCUUCAAGUGCUGAUGUUAAUUGUGUUGACGUGUACUAUGACGACACCAAAAUGUGCCAGUCUGAGUGGAAGUUCAAGACCUCAAUUCCAUGCACAGGACUGGAGUCAGUCUUUACUAUGUCAGAGAAAAGGGUAAGGGGUCAACGUUUGUCCCACUUCAGUGUGGGUACUGGUUGUACAUUUUAUAGGGUCAAAAUGUUAUCAAACAUAGUUCCCAAGCCUUCGUAAUCAUUGCUUCGCCUAUAAAAGGGGGAAUUCUAUUUACACUAGUAUUUUCUAAUCAUGCACAUUGUCUAGAAAUAGAUACCUGCACAAUUACAACAAAUGGAUAUGCAGUAAGAGGGCCCACAAUUGGUGUCAUGCCCCAAGAUAUGCGUUUUUGGUGUGUUGCUAAAGGGUGCCUACAAACAAAGUGUCACAUUCCCCAUUUUGUCUUUAUUCUAGAGCAUUCAGUCCAAUCAUCAACUAACUCCUUACGAAUCCUGACAAAAUCUGCCUGCAAUUAGUAUAUUGCACUAUAUGUGACCAUGUACAGUAUAUUUUAUAUACAUAUAUUACAAAAUUGAUUAUAGGGCAAAUUAAAAAAAUGAUUUGAUGUCCCUAUUUAAAAGAUACACUAUUCAUUUUGUAUUUUUUUUACUAUGCAGUCUUAAAUCAGAAUGAAUAAGUAUAUGAAAGUAAUAAUGAAAACAAAUUUUGAAUGCCUUAAAGAUUUGGGGGGGGGGAAUUAAACCAUUGUACUUCAUUUCCUAGUAGAUGAAUGAAAUGUUAUUGCACCUUAAGAGACUGCUAUUAUUUAUAUAAUAUUGGCUUAAGAGAAUCAGCACAUACUGUACCAGCCAUGAUUGAAACUGCAGACUUGGUUGUUUUAGUGGUUUACAUUCACAUUACAUAAUUGUCACUUGUGUAUCACUUUGGCCUGACAAGAUGUUAAAUGUCACAGAACUGAAUUAAGCUAUUUAACAUCUUUUUUUUUUUCUUCUCCCCUCCCCCCCAUCUUUUGUGCAGCACUUCUCUGAGCAUUGCUUUUAUGGGGUUUUCUUAUUGCUGCUGUUUUACAAUUAAUUAGUAACAAGUAUUUUACUUGUAAUAUUUAACAUAGUGGAGUACUUUGUUCUGAACAGAAGGUAAACAAAGUGCUUGCUAUGAUCAAUUUUGUACUGCCAUGUUUUAAAUUAAAAGUCAUUCAUGUUGAAUGGUAUAUCCA